UCAUUCACGAUUCAACUGGCACCGCGAAAUUAUCGCAAAUAUUUUAAGUGAUGUUGGAAUAAUUACCUCUGUAUCGAAAAAAAUUGCACAAAUUUUAAGAUGAAGUGGGUUUUUUAUGUAAUCGUGUUUGUGUAUAUGUUUUAUAGAGCAGUUUAUGGACUCAACACUAACGGAAUCAGCAGUAAUCAAAUAAUAACCCUGGAUGACAACUCUGAUUAUGGAUAUGGGAUAUUUGUUGCCGCGGGAGAGCGAAAAAUUAUUAGCUGUAAAGCUUCCGGCAAAAACCAAGAGAUAAAAUGGUACAACCCUAAAGGCCUCGCCAUAUCUCGCAUUCAAUCCGGGCGCGUGUACACGUCGCAGUACUUCGUGCAGUCCCCGCGUGCGCCUGCGCUGGUGCUGAACAUCACGGAGGCCGAGGUACACGACAGCGGAGUGUGGGUGUGCCGCGCGGGAGACACCGUUAGGAAUGUCUCCAUUUGCGUCAUUGAUCCUACGAAUUUCGAAGGAACACCUACUGAAGUAGCGGCAGAUGAGGGUCGCUCCUACACGUUGUCCUGCCAGACCAAGGGAGAACCCGAGGCCACGAUAUCAUGGACUAGAAACGGACGAGUUAUAAACGAAUUUGAUUACCAAGACAUGCCAAAGUACAGAGUAAUGACGAAAUAUAACAGACAAGGAAUUGAGGGAUUACUAACUAUUAUGUCACUAAGUGUCGAGGAUAGUGGCGUGUAUACUUGUAUUGCCACCCAAGAAACGGAAUUAGCGGACAAAUGUGGAAAAAACCAAACUAUCGAUAUUGUGCUAAAUAUUAACCAUGCUCCUACGUUUGGAGAAAGGACGAAGGAGAAUGUUUACGGAAUCGAAAGUGAAAGUUUAUUUCUAAGAUGCGAGGCUGAUGGCUACCCUCAACCAACCUAUAAGUGGUUCGUAAGAAAUGGUGGAGAAAAUGCAGUACAAGUAGCUGACAAAGAAGUAGUUUCCGCUGAUAAUGACUCCGCUUCUGUUUUACCAGUAAAGGUGGCAGAAGACAGUUUUGACAGUCAAUACAUUUGUCAAGCAUCAAACCAGCUGGGAGAUGUUGAAUUGGAGUUUCAUAUACUGGAAUCUAUGAUUCCUAAAAAGCCUGAUGAGGUAGAAAUUAACGAAGAUCUAACGACAAGUAAAACUAUUGUUUUCAAUGUUUCGUGGAAUGACGAAAUACGAUUUGAUAUAAGCAAAAUUGAAGUACAGUAUAUGCCAACGGCGCAACUACCGAGAAAAAGAGCGACUGCACUGAGAGAAAGAGAUUGGAAACAUUCAAGGCUAUAUUCAGCCCCGACUGGUGAAGUACUUGAAGAUAGCACUAUGGCGGUAUUAGAGGGUUUAGAGCCAUCGACUGAGUAUUGGGUGCGAUUACGCAUCAAGAAUGACAUCGGUGACUCAUUGUGGUCAAAUUCAAUUAGGGCAUCAACCAAAGAAGGAAAAGAGGAUGAGGAAGAAGAAAAUGAAGCGGAAGAUGAACGAGAAAAAGAAGAUCACGAUGUAGAAGAAGCCACUGAGCCCGAGCCAGAGACAACUGAAGAUGAUUCGCUUGUUACUACCGAAAAGCAAGCAACGCCGCCAUCAGAUGAUUCUGGAAGGUUUUACGGCCUGUUCUUUGCCGCAGGUGUUUUGAUAGUAGCUGUCGGUUGCACUUUCGUUGUAAGGAUGGUGUAGGAUCGUGUUCAUAAUUCCGAUAUUUGAAUGUUAGUUGAGAUUGGCUUUUAUUUACGUACAUUGUUCAGUUUAUUGGUUCGCAAGUUUUGAUUUUAAACCACUUGAAUUUCAUAACAUACAAUAAUAUACUGGAUCAAGCAAAUCUUGUCAGUAGCAAACGGCGGCAAAUUUGAAAAAUCGCGGAUUAGCAACACUGUGUUCUUGGAAGCCGGUGUUGCUCGAAGACUGUGUUCGAAUAAUUCGAAAAUCGCGUGUCAUCUGUGUUUUAUCUGUGGAAUGUGGAUCGCGAAUGACAGCCAUCAUCUUCUGUGUUUACAAUGUUUACAUUCUGAAUCGAUUCUAUUUCAAGAGAUAUUUCUGCUGUGUUACCAUUAAAUACCAAUAUAUUAAAUAAGACUGUGCUUAAUUAAAGCUGAGGUGCCUAUAAUGCCUACAGUGCCAACUGAGAAAUGUAAUGAAAUAUUAAAAUCCAGUAUGACAUCUACCUGCUGAAGCAAUGAUUUUAUUCAUACAUUCUUGUUUAACGGCAUAGUCCACUUACAAUUUUAUUUUGAGAUCUUCAAAUCAUUUUAAUCAUUUUUAUCAACAUCACACACCGCUUUUAAAUUGUCCGUUCAUACGUAUUAAGUAUUAAUAACAAUUUCAAACAUUUUCAUUUGAGAAUCCGCGAGUGACAACUUGAAUUAACGUACGUGACAGGUCGCGCUCAGCGGGGGAAAACAAAGUUUUGGUUCGAUGUACUUCUUUUGCUGCUUUUCUUAGCGCAAUACUACUCUUUGAGUGUUGCCCUACUUCAGUUUGCUUUAUAUUGCUACUGACAAGAUUUGCUUGACGCACUAUAAUUUUCUUAUUAAUUUGUCGAAAGUACAUGUACAAGAAUAUGGCUAUAACUGCUGUGAGGUUGCUUUGAAUUGAAAUUAGUAACUAUUAUCUCUUGUUUUGUUGAUAUUUAUCUUCUUUUUUACCUUAUUUAUAAUUAGUAAUAACGAUUAAUUUAUGUACAGUAUUUUCACAAUUACUUAUUUUAUUCGCUUAGUGUUUUGUUUUAUUUACAACUAAAGAGCAGUGGAUAGUGCUGGAGAUAAAUAUCUGAAGCUUUAUGUAUUUUUAUUAUUUAAGUAGGUAUAUUUUCGAACAACAUUCUGUGGUGGGUGAA